AUGUGGGAUGACUGUGGUUAUUUUCCAGAGACAACAAUUAAUGUCCUUUGUCUCAUGUCUAUGGUAAAACUUGAAAAUGAUAAAGUAUUGAGAAUGCAUGAUCAACUAAGAGAUCUUGGUAGAGAAAUCGUCCGUCAAGAAGAUUUGGAGAAUCCAAAACUACGCAGCAGGUUGUGGGAUGGACAAGAAGCCUCGGACGUAUUUGAGGAAUGCAUGAUAACUGAAAAGGUUCAACUCUUAAAUCUUGAUGUUGCGACGUGUGAGCAUGACAAAUUCGCGGAACGAUCUAAACUGCGGUAUCUCCAAAUAGAUAAAGCUAAACUUGUUGUUGGGGAUUUCAAGCAUCGCUUGUUAAACUUAAGAUGGCUUCGUUGGCGAUAUUCCCCUCUGGAUUUUGAGGCAACCAAUUUUCAUAUGAAGAAACUAGUCAUACUUGAUCUAAGAGGUAGUACGAUCCCAGAGAACUGGAAGGGUUGGAGUCAAAUUAAGAUGGCAAGUAAUUUAAAAGUGCUUGACAUUUCAUUCACUCAAAUACGGGAGCUACCUGAUGAAAUUAGGAUGUUAAAGAAGCUGGAAAUUAUAGAUGCACAUUAUUCUGAAUUGACAGGAAUUCGAAGCCUACCAACAAGCAUUCAUACCCUUGGCUUAGGAAGCUGCUAUUAUGUUGAAGCGCUGCCAGAGCUUCCCUCAAGUUUACAAGUUCUGCGUGUACACUUGGGGAGAUUGCAUGUUACCCCUAAUCUUGCAAAUUUGGUUAAUCUGCAGGAAUUGCAGUGUUAUCAGAUUCCUGACAAGAUGAAGCAGAUAAUUUUUAGUGAUAUUGUUAAAUUAUACAAAUUGCAUAGGUUGGACGUUGAAUGUAGCAACAUUAUGACCCUACCGAAAGAGAUUGAUGCCCUUUCUCGGCUCAAAUUUCUCUCUCUAGAAAAAUGCGUUAAACUUCAAUGUAUAUUGGGUUUACCUCCCAAUCUGGUUCGAUUAAAUAUUCGUUGUGGUCUGUCAUUGGAAAUGUUAUCGGCUCUGUCAAAUUUGAAGCUCUUGUCGGAAUUGCGACUUUAUGAGUGCGUUAAGCUGACAAAGAUUCAAGGGCUUGGGAAACUACAGUCAUUGACGAGUUUGAGAAUAGAAAAAUGCAUUGAACUGAUAGAGAUUGAAGGACUUGGAAAUCUAGAAUUGCUUGAAAGUUUGGAAAUAGAUCAGUGCAUUGAGCUGAAAGAGAUACAAGGACUUGGAAAUCUAGUAUCGCUGGCAAGUUUUUAUAUGGGUUGGUGCUUUAACAUAGCUGAACUUGAUCUGCUCGAAUGUUCGGCACAUCUAGCAUCCUCAGAGAUGAGUGGGUACAGACACCCUGAAAAUAAACCAGAUCGGUCCAACUUAAACAAGUUAACAAAAAUUGAAGUUGUUAGUUGCAAGAAUCUCAAUAAGAUCGAAGGACUACAUAUAUUGGUAUCAUUGGAAUAUUUGAAUUUGUCGUAUUGCUCAUCCAUGGUAAGAAUGCCUAAUCUAUCAAACUUGAAAAUGUUGAGACGCUUGCGGCUCUGAGAAUGCACAAGCUUACAUGAGAUUGAGGGCCUUGAGGCUUUGGAAGACUUGGAGGAACUGGACAUCAGGGGGAGCUCAUCACUGAAAAAAAUACCGCAUUUACCACACACACACAUUCAGACGAUUUCUGAUCAUUAUGAUGUAGAAUAUGAUCAUUAUUAUGAACAUACUUAUCCUUACGCUGACAUAUUUAGAGUGAACAAUGAAUAAUAUUAGGCCUCUGGAAGAUCCCCAAAAGGAACAGCUAUGAGGUCCGGAAACAAUACAUAGAGGUAAGUGAAUGACAAUAUGUAUAUUAUUCUAGCUGGUGGGCUAUUGUGAGCUGUUUGUUUCUUGUCGUCUCCACCUCAUUGUUUUCAGUACUCUAUUGGUCUGUCCCUGUUCAUAUAGUAUAAUGGCUUUGCUUCCAUACCUAUAUAGAGGUGUUUAAGCUGAGCUUCUUUCUUGUAUUGCAGAUCAGAGAUUAACGGAGUCUGAACCAGGUUUAAUUACUAAUUUGCACUGUUCAUCCAUGUUCCUUUUUUGCUCAACUUAAAUCUAAUUUGUAACUUCACUUUUAUCAUAUCUCCAGACAAGUGAGGAAAUACAAAAAGAGCUAUAAGAUGAAUCCACAAGCAUUAUGAAAGAAAUGGUAGUUUACAUUAUGGAAACAGGGAUGGCUACAAGCUUGUCAAAAGGGUUGUGAAGAAUAAUUUUUAGAUAUUUGUGAUCAGUUGUACAAAAAAAAAAAUAAUAAUAAUAAUUACUAUUGUAGUUAGAGAGAGGUUUGAUGGAUCACUUUUUGUUUAAUUAAAUUCGUACAUUUGCGUCA